AUGGCCUUGGGAGAGACACCAGUUUCUCAAAUUGACAAGAGGUUUAAAGAAUUUCUGUGCUGGCAGAAUCAGAAGCACCCCAAUCAGGUCAUGGACAUUGCAUUUACUGACAGCUCCAUACCUGAGAACAUUUCGAAGAUGAUACCAUAUGCUGCGCAUGAUGUUGUGACAGAGGAGGACUGUCUGCUUGGUUACCUGCUUCUUCAGUGCAUACGUCUGUAUAUUGAAGUUGACAUGUAUGCAUCGUUAGAAGUUCACACAUCAAAUAUGAUUCAUGAAGGGAGAAAUGUAGUUGACGUAUUCUCUGUGUUCUUAAAGCAAUAUAUUGACAAAACAGCGGAUAUUGAGGAUAAGGGUUGGAACUUCCCAAAACUCCAUAUGGACAUGCAUCUGUUUGAUGACAUUGAAGUGACAGGAGUCACAUGGAACUACAACACGAAGCCAAAUGAGAAGAUGCAAGGACCAUUGAAGGAUUCAUAUUUGCUGUGGACUAACUUCCAAAAUGUUGCUGAGCAGAUUCUGUGCAUAAAUCACUGGCAACUGGUCGUGGAGGAUAUUCAUUGUUGUCUGUCAGACUUCGAUGAAUAUCAUUGCUCACAAGCACAAAAUCAAUCCACUGAUGACAUGCUUGACACUGCAGACAACAUGUUUGAUGCUGCAGAUGACCCGAUUCCACUGACAGGUGUUCUCCAUGUGAAAGUUGGGUCGAAACAACCCCCACAGACUUUUGACUCGGUCGAGAACAUUUACCAGUAG